AUGUCUCUGCGUAACUACAGCAAAACCAACUCCACCCCACGUCGUCCUUUCGAGAAGGAGCGUCUGGACAACGAGCUCAAGAUCGUUGGAGAGUACGGACUGAAGAACAAGAGUGAGGUGUGGAGAGUCCAACUCGCCCUCGCCAAGAUCCGUAAGUCAGCAAGAGAGCUCCUCGUGCUUGACGAGAAGGACCCAAAGCGUAUGUUUGAUGGCUCCGCUCUCCUCCGUCGUCUCCACAGACUCGGUGUCAUGGAUGAGUCCAAGAACAAGCUCGAUUACGUCCUCAACCUCAAGACCCAGGACUUCAUGGAGCGUCGUCUUCAGACUAUGGUCUUCAAGCUCGGUUUGGCCAAGUCCAUCCAUCACGCUCGUGUCCUCAUCAAGGGUAGACACAUCUGCGUUGGAAAGCAAUUGGUCGACGUUGCCUCAUUCUUGGUCCGUGUCGACUCUCAGAAGCACAUCAGAAUGAACCCCAACUCACCAUACGCUGGUGGAAAGCCAGGUCGUCGUGCCAAGAAGGUCGCCAGAUCCAAGAACGCCCCAGCUGAGGAGGAGGAGAACUAA